CAAAUGCGUCUGUAGAUUAAAAUUUAUUUGACUAAAGUCUAAACACUCAUAGGCAAAGCAUCACUAUUUAUCUUUCUCUCAUCAUCUGUCUUCCUUAGACCUCUAGUUGAGUGAAUAAAACCGUCCACUUUUGGACCAUUUGGCUCAUGCGCCUAUGCCAACUUUCUUCUUCUUUUAGAGCCCACGAGCUGGUUUACAUAUUUUAAUGGAGAAAAGGAAAGAGACCCUCUUCUCCUUCCCUUGUGGCAAAAGGGACUGAUUUAUUAGAGUGAGUGAAGUUAAAGGGUACCUCGCAAAAAAGAAAGAAACACUGGUUAAAAGCCAAAAGGUUUUUAUCUUUUCUUAACUGUUUUUUUGGGAUUUUAUGCAAAAAGCUUUUUCAGUCCUCUGCUAAGUUUCAGGCUAUUCUUAGCUACAAAAUGAUCACUUUCUGCUUUGUGGUACUACUCUUAAAAAUACAAGAAGACAAGUUAAGUUUUGGGGUGUAAUCACCGAUCUCUGCAAACCCAUUUGACGUCUCUCAUUUCACAUUUGUGUGCCUGCUUCAUCUUCCUUAGAACAACCCUUCUGGUGUUCCCUUGUUUUUUCUUUUAGAAACUAAUUGGUAAAGGCUACUACUUUCUGCCAGUUUCUGUUCUGGUUUUUUUUGGGGUCUUUCUUUUCGGUUGUAAAUAUUUUUUCUAGGAAAAUAUUUUCUCAAUGAUGGGUUUCCAAGGCAGUGGAGAAAGUAAAAUGUUGGGGUUGAUAGUGACAUCAUCAAGGCACAAGCGUUCAAAGAGCUUUCCUGGAAAGAAAAGAGUUGAGGAAGAUGGCUUUGGUAGUUCUGUUGAAGAAUCGAAUCGUAUGAAGCUGGAUACAGGGUAUUUGAAGGAUUCUGUCAAAACCAAGAAGAAGCAGUCUCCCACUUCCAGCGCUGAGGUCAAAAGCUCUUUGAAGCAAGAGAUUUUAGAGCUUGAGGAAAGAUUGCAAGAUCAAUUUGAGGUUCGUCGUGCGUUAGAAACAGCAUUGGGCUAUAGAACUUCCUCUAAUUAUGAUACAAGUGAAGCACCAGUGUCAAAAUCAAAGCCAGCCACAGAGUUAGUCAAGGAAAUUGCUGUGUUAGAGUGGGAAGUUGUAUAUUUGGAACACUACCUUCUCUCAUUGUAUAGGAAAGCGUUUGAUCAACAAGUGUCUUCUUUAUCACCAUCUAAAAGGGAUGAAAGGCUUAAAACAUCAGUAGAUACCCCAAAAAUGAGAUUUUCUGAGGUUUCCAGACCUGGUAAUGAAUCAAAAGUUGAAAAUUCAGCUAUACUCUCUGAUAACCAUGACAAUUCCUGGGAGGAACCUAAUGGAAUUGGAGAAGAGAAACUAUUGGAUUCUAGUGUACAUCGUUGUCAUUCCUCACUAUCACAGCAUUCAGAAUUUUCAGGUAGGACUUCUCUGGAUGAGACUUCAGCUAAGGCAAUACGUGCAUGCCAUUCGCAGCCUUUGUCGAUGAUGGAGUAUGCUCAGAAUGCACCGAAUAUAAUCAGUCUGGCUGAGCAUCUUGGCACACGCAUUCCCGAUCAUGUUCCUGAGACACCAAACAAGCUUUCUGAGGAUAUGAUCAAGUGCAUGUCUGCUAUAUACUGCAAGCUUACAGACCCACCUUUGGUCCAAAACAGCUUUUCAGCUCCCAAUUCACCCAUGUCUUCAGCCAAUUCCUUUUCCCCACAGGAUCAUCACGAGAUGUGGAGUCCAGGGUUCAGAAAUAAUUCAUCAUUUGAUGUACGGUUAGAUAACCCUUUCCAUGUGGAAGGGCUUAAAGAGUUUAGUGGACCAUAUAGAACAAUGGUUGAAGUGCCAUGGAUUUUUAGAGAUAGUCAGAAACUGGGUGAUGUGGAACACCUGCUACAAAAUUUCAGGUCUCUCAUUUGUCGACUGGAAGAAGUCAAUCCUAAGAAGUUGAAACACGAAGAGAAACUGGCAUUCUGGAUAAACAUACACAAUUCAUUAGUGAUGCAUGCUUUUCUGGCUUAUGGUAUUCCACAAAACAAUGUGAAGAGACUUCUUCUACUGUUGAAGGCUGCAUAUAACAUUGGAGGUCACACCAUCAGUGCAGAUACAAUACAGAAUUCCAUCCUUGGAUGUCGCAUGUCUCGUCCGGGGCAGUGGCUACGACUAUUACUUCCAUCAAGGGCUAAAUUUAAACCUGGAGACAAAAGGCAGGCAUAUGCAAUUGAACAUCCAGUACCUCUUUUACACUUUGCGCUUUGUGCAGGAAACCAUUCGGAUCCCUCGAUCCGUGCCUACACACCGAAGAGAGUAUUUCAAGAACUGGAAACUGCAAAAGAAGAGUACAUUUGGGCUACAUUUGGUGUCCGCAAAGACAAGAAAAUUCUGUUACCAAAGAUUGUGGAGUCAUUUGCAAAGGAUUCAAAUUUGUGUACGACUGGUGUCAUCAAAAUGGUCCAACAAUCAUUGCCCGAAUCACUUCAUCGCAGUAUCAGAAAAUGUGAACAAGGGAAAUCCCACAAGGGCAUUGAAUGGAUUCCUCAUAAUUUUACCUUCAGGUAUCUAAUAUCUAAAGAAUUAGUAAGAUGAUUGCCUGUAUGCAUCGUGCAUGAUGCAUUUUACAAGCAUUUCUAUUUUUAAGGUUUCACAUUUUAACUUGUAUAAAAGUAGAAAUGGAAAAGGAAACAUUUAGAUAUGACAAUGAGGCAUCAUUUGUAACAUAAUCAUUGGUGUGCAUUGAGGUUUGUAUAUAGUUUUGGUUUAAGCUUUCAGAUAAA